GCUUCCGGUCGUCGCGUCGCCGCUGCUGCCGCUGCUGCUGCUGCUGAGGCUGCUGGCGGAGGCCGGAGGAUCGGGCGGCGGCGGCGGCGGCGGCUGAGAGGGCGGCGGCGGGAGCGGAGCGGGACGAGGGAGCGAGAGGGAGCGAGCGAGGAGCGAGCGGAGCGUCCAGCCCCGCCCGCCCUUCCGCCCGCCUGAGGAGCCGGAGCAGCCCGGGCCCCCAGCCGCCGCGGCCGCCGCCGCCGCCCGCCCGCCCGCCGGACAAAGCCUCGAACCCGCGCCACAGCCAUGUCCUCGUCCGCCGGCAGCGGCCACCAGCCCAGCCAGAGCCGCGCCAUCCCCACCCGCACCGUGCCCAUCAGCGACGCCGCGCAGCUACCUCAUGACUAUUGCACCACGCCCGGGGGGACGCUCUUCUCCACCACGCCGGGAGGAACCAGAAUCAUUUAUGAUAGAAAGUUUCUGUUGGAUCGUCGCAAUUCUCCCAUGGCUCAGACCCCACCCUGCCAUCUGCCCAACAUCCCAGGAGUCACCAGCCCUGGCACCUUAAUCGAAGACUCCAAAGUAGAAGUAAACAAUUUGAACAACUUGAACAAUCAUGACAGGAAGCAUGCAGUUGGGGAUGAUGCUCAGUUUGAGAUGGACAUCUGACUGUCCUGCCAGGAUCUGAAGAAAAGCAGCAACACUGAUACUGUGUGUACCUGAUUUGCCAAUAGGAUCAACGAUGAAGAGACAGAAGAGGCAGUACCAGCAGUCCCUGUCGCACUCUCCACCUCCUCUCUUUCUCUGGGUGCCAAACAUGGGAAGAUGAGCUUCAUCUGACCAUUUCCUCUCCCUGUUUCCCAUUCCCCUUCCCAGUUAGAUUAGAUUGCAAGCCCUUGUCUUAUUUCUGUAGAACCAAGUGGCCCACAGAGGAAAACAGUUAAGCUUUGGCUUCUCUGGUCCUUUUUAUACUGAGAAAUCUCCCCUCCCCUGAUUGUUUUUCAAUCCCAAAUCAAAUAGCAGCUGACCUGAAGCUGCCUGGUUGGGAGGUCCGGGGACGGAAGACAGAGAUUUGGUGGGUUCAGCUUUUUGUUCUUACUCUCUGGCUCCCCAUCCUGUCUCCCACCAUGGAUCAGUGCCACCAGAGUGAGCUUGGGGUCUUCACAACCAUUAGAGGGUAAACAUUACCUUGAGAUCUUUGUCCUCCGGGACAGAGCACAGUUUGUGCAGCUCCAGUAGCAUUACCCUAUGACACUGUAUUGAGGUUCGCUUCCUCUGGGAAGAAUGUCUUCUGUCUUUGGUAUUGCAGUUCAUCUUCCCAUUCCUUUACUUAGCACAUUUAUACAAAAUAUUUUAACUCUACAUUGGAAAGGAGUUCUCGUCUCCCAUUCCUCCCACUUGCAUCUGGUUGCUUAGGGUCGUCUUGGACGUUCUCUGUCCGGGUGAUUUCAUCUGCUCCCAGAGAAGGCCCAUACCAAGUGGUGGAAGCACUUUGGGCACGGCCUGAUCAUGUUAGUAUUCUGCCAGAUGGUGCCCAGGGGUGCCCGCAGACAAGCGGUGAGCCAGUCCUUAGUAGUCAGUUUCUAAGCCAAGGAGCAUUGUGAUACUUGUUGUCUCAGAGUGCAGUGUGUUAUAUUUUGAGUUUAAAGUUGACUUUCAGAAUGUCUGUGGAAAAGAACUGAACUUUUUCCCUUUGUGGACCUGCUUUGACUGCUGAAAUAGAUAAGCAUCGGUUUAAAAAUGUGUUCCUCCCACUUUUCUUGCCUUACCCAUCGUACUCUGAAUUUUCCCUUUCCUCCCGCUUUCCUUCCUUUUUCUCUAUCAGGCCAUUUUUCAAAUAUACAUCAGAGAUACCUCAAUUGUUGGUAUCUGAUAUCUGUCACUUCUCUUAUAUGAGGAGUGGCCUUUUAUUUUUAAAAUGACUACAGACCUAUUUUUAGAUAUGUUUUCAGUACAAGUUUGAACAGCAACUUUUUAAAUUAAACAUCUUCCAGUGUUAGGAAGGUGACAGGUGUCUGUCGGUGAGUCUGCUGUUCUGUGUCACCAUCCUUUGUCUCCUCCAGCCUUUUAUGAGUGCUUUCCUUCUCCCUCUAGUUUUGGGUGUGCAUGUUUGGAGUUUGUCCUGGGUGGUUUAUAAAUCUGGACCAGUCUGCCUGGCUGUGGGUUGUUCGUGAAAGCCUCGUUCUUUCCCUUCACCCUUCGCUUUUCCCUCCCCCUCCUCUCCACCCUGCUGUCCCGUGACUAUUGAAUGGCACAAUAAACCCCAGAGAGUGACUCCCCUCAAGGAAGACUGACGUCUCUGUUCCCUCACAGAAGACAAAGUACCACUGGCGUCCCGGAAAUUUCUGAUUGGAUUUGGUGUCCCGAACCCCUUUUGGAGAUCAGUUCCAGGGUGAGCGUAAUAGGCCAAUUGACUCAGAAGGAAAACUGUUUGUUUUUCUUUUCAACUAUGAAAAGACCCUGUUUGCAGAUAGGUUUUAGAGGAGAGGAAGGAUGUGUGAGGAACUUUGUUCUGUUUUCUGCAACAAAAUGUGAAUAGUUCAGAGUGAAACCUUUUGUGAUGGUUGUUGUCUCAGGAAUACGUUGCAUCACCAAUUUGGUGAUACCUUUAGUCUCAAAAAUUGAUCAGAAUGGUAUUUUUUGUUUGUUUGUCUAAUGUAUCCCUGUUCUGAUUUUAAUUAAACUUCAAAUUUCAUUUUACAUAGUCUUGGAAAACUUAAGCUGCACUAUAAUUUACACUAGAGGAUUGUCAGGACCUUUUUGCCCCCUGGGGAGCUUAAGUCUUUGGAAAUGGAGCCUUUCCUUCUUCAUACCCUGACCCUGGCAUCCUCUGGAACCCGAGCCCAACUGUAGGUAGUAGGCCUGUCAGCCAGCGGAAGAGCACCCCAUCCCCUCUUGAUCUUUAAUGCUGCACAUGAAAACAUGGCUUCCUCACCGAACAAAGGGGAAUGGAAUUAAAACAUGCCAGCUUGAGUGGUUUCAAGAUGCCAUUUCCCCCCUUUGCCAUCUUGGGGAAUCUGCGUGCCACCCCCUAAUCAGAGGCCAUGUUUUAGUAUUUCUUAGGAGUGUCAUCUGUAGCCUAUAGUAAUUGCCUGAUCUCAUAGCCUUCUCUUCAAGAACUUCCUCACUGCUUGGUGCAGUUCAUUCCUGGAGGCCACUGCUACCUUGACCUCCCCAAAUCAGUAUUUAUCACACAGCAACAGGUUAGCUGCCACCGAUGAUACCUUUGUGCCAUGCUUCACAGAAUGUUUUUGGGAGCAGCCAGAAUUCAGUAGUUGGUUUGCUUCUGGAUAUUUGGAAGGCUCACAGAUGAAGCUCUAAAUAAAUAUUUUAAUCCUGGUUUUUUUCUAGGGGAGGGAACACUCUUAGGGUACCAUUUGAGUGAGAUGAUUCUUAAGAUAUUGACAUUCAUUUGUACCUUGCUUUUUAUGAGUGGCUUCCCUGAGCUGAGUGACCGAGAGAGAGGGCAAGAAGGAAUACGCAUGCACUGCCUUUUAUGACAGUCUCUGAAAGCACUGACUUUCACAUUUACUUUUUCUUAGAAGCAAACCAUGAAGCCCAGCAAAUGCCCGAGGAGGGGAAUUACAUCCUACCCACUGAGCAGUAUCAAAGAAUUUGUGGCUAUGUCUACCACACCCCAACAGAGGAGGAAAUUAGGUUGACAGUGGUGGGUUUGAAUCAGAUCAUAGAUUUCCAGAGAGAAAUUGCUACCAAAAGCAGGUCUCCAAGUCAUGCAUCACCAGACUGGCACAGAGUGCAGACUUUCUCUUUUCCCAAAGCCUGCUGGUUUGGAGAAGUGUUGAGAAAUGGCAAUUUUCAGGAGAACUAGGAUAUCCAUAUACCUCCUGACUACCAGCAGCCCAGAGAUGUUUCUCUGCAAUCUUGCUGUCUCAAGUCUUGAUUACUACUUAGUUGCUAUCUUCUUUAGCCAAGAAGUAACAAAGAAAGGAAAUUGGAUCCUUUUUAGUAGAAUCACUAAAGCUGAUUUAACUGGAGUCAGGAUUGUCAAGCAAAGGGAGCAAAUGUGAAUUAGACAUUAGGUUAUUGGACUGAAGAAAAGUUAGCCGUUAAGAUUUAGGGUGAAACAGAUGAUAUCAGGAAACCAGGCCCCCAGCAGAGUUGGUGCUUGGUGUGGUCUCUGACCAUACUAGUUCAAAGAAAUGUGGGUUGCGUCGCUCACCCAAGAAACCACUUCUCAAUAAAGUAGGUACCAUCUGGGGAUUAAAAAUGUCUGCUGAUGGUCCCUUUAAACCCAGUGUGCCAGUUAACUGUGUAUCCCACCUCAUCUUGGGCUUCCUGGUGGAAAUUUUUCUUAGAGAAUCAAUGCUAUCUUCACCUUUGAGUGAAACUUAGAUGAGGCUCGUAAGUUCAACACAUUCUUAGUGUCUGGUUUGUGUUUCUGGCACCCAUGUCUGACCAAGCUUCUACAUUUUGGCCAUCUUAAGGAUGCAAGUUCUUGUUUGGUCAUGCUCUGCCUCUGUCUAGCACUUUCUUACAUGUAGCCCUGCUUGUUUGGGAGUAUACCAGAAUAAGAAGCAAUGUUGCUGGGGCAGCUGUAAGAAAAGGUACUUCCAGAAGUAAAAAAACUUUAAAAUACCUUCAAAUGAAUUUUGAUUUUCCUUCUGAUUCUGAGGUAGAAUCAAAAUAGAUGGUCGUUUACUUUUUGCUGCUCGGUUACUAGCUCUUCGGAAGACCUUACUUUCCUAGUUCAAAUGUUUCCACUAGAAUGCCACCUGCUAGGUGUGUGGGUUUCACCCCCAGAACCCAUCAAGUGGCAAUUGAGUGCCUGCUUGGAAUCAAGGCAGCUGGUGUAAGGGGUUCAUCUCACUGGCAGCAAUAUCCCAGAGACCAAAUCUUUCUCCCCAUCUUAGAUACCUGAUGGGGAUUCGAUUAUCUUGACUAAAGCCAGCCCUCAGCCCUUUGCCUACCCCUUUUAGCAAGAAGGCCCCACUACUUCUGUCUGGUCCAAAACUUAUCCUUGGUUUCUAUCUGGACAGUGUGCAUAUGAGCAGCUAUUUACUGAUCUGUGAAACCCAAUCACCCACCUGUGACUUGGAAGAGGGUAGUACUGCUAAAGAAGCUGUGUUUCUUUGGGAGUGCAGUUUCUGUCUGGAGUUAGAAGGGGGUAUACUCUCUGCCUCCCCCAGUAAAAGAUGAAAUCAGACCUUAAGGCAGUUAGGUCACAAUUCUUGAGAAUGAUUAUUCCCAGGGAGCAUUUGUUAUUCUAGUGAUGACUUUCCAGCUUGUUGUUGGGAGUUUCCUUGAAGCUAGAAAUGUCUUACUGGAGGCUCUUAAGGAUGAUUAUUGACACAUACUCACUUCGCAAACAUACGUUAACACCUUUUUCAUCCUCUGGAAUUUAAAUCUCUAUCUCUGGGCUGGUCCUGGAAGUUGAUACCUUUUGGCAAAGUUUUAGAUUUAGGAGACGUCUUGAGUCCCUGGUCUGUGGUUUCUCUGCUUAACCCCUGGCUGCAGCCCAGCCGAACAUACCGUAUGGUGGGUGCCCAGUGAAGAAAUCCCAAGAUGAAACACAUUUCCCAGGGUAUUUAAACUCGCUCUGCCACCUGUCUUGAGUGGGAGGCUGGUAGAGAUGCUGCAAUGCUUGAUAAUCAUGUGGCCACUGAAAUUUCCAAAGGGAGCUCUUGCCAGUGCUUAAAACCAAAAUUCCUGGAUACUUCAAACUUAAAGAAUUCCAUGAUUCUAGCACAGAAUAUCCAUUCUUGCUCUAGUGUCUCCCCUUCCUCUCCAUCUUAAUCUUAAAAAAUGGAAACAAAACCCAGAGCCAAGGCCAAGGGUAAUGUUUACUUGAAACCUGGAGAGCAGGGAGGCACACUGAGAGAUGGGGCUAGUCGCUUGGGUGAGCCGUCCUGCUCCGGGUGUCUGUAUCCAAAUCCUGAGUACUGUGAGCCAGUGCCUUUCCUUCACCUGAAGAUGGAGUCCAUCUUUCCACCUGGGUGAGGAGACCCUCUGCUUUAAGGGUAUGCCUUAAAGGUGUCUUGGAGAGCCCAGAGGACACAUGUUCAGGUGUCCAUUUUAAGCAUCUGUAAAGUAUUUUAUAUAUAUAUUAAAAAAAAUGCCCUUGUCUUAGUGCCACCAAAAUGGCUCCAUCCAUUUCGAAUGGAAAAGUGGGGACUACCAGUACUUUCCUUGGUCUUCCCUUCCUCUCCUUUAAUGUGGUUCCCCCUUAGCUGUUUGUCGCUUCACCGUCGUGGACGGGUAGCAGAGGGUGCCGUGCAGCCCUGUGUGAUUCCUUGACCGUUUUGUGUGUGUGUGUGUGUGACUGUCCUUCCAUACCAGCAGGUCUUUGGAAAUUAGGGGAAAAUUAAAUUCUCACCUACGGUUGCUGUUACAGUUAAAUCAAUAAAGAUCUUGAAUAUCAACUUGGUGUUUUGUUUGAUUUUG